CCAAGUAUUAGCAUCACAAAUCUUAAUAGCAUUACACCAAGCAUAUAUAGUAUAUAGUGAAAAUAAAAUGAACUGGUGGUUGGCUAGAGCAACUGGUGAUCAUCCUGGCAAGAUCACAAAAUUCAAGGAAGCACCACGAAACGUCCAAAAUGUAGCAUUGAUUAUAGGCGUAACAGGAAUUGUGGGAAAUAGUCUAGCAGAGAUCCUACCUCUAAAAGACACACCAGUUGGACCAUGGAAGGUUUAUGGCGUGGCUCGCCGUCCACGACCAAUGUGGAAUGUUGAUAACCCUGUUCACUAUAUUCAGUGUGAUGUCUCCAAUCAAAACGAUGUUGAAUUGAAGCUAUCCCCUUUAACAGACGUGACCCAUAUAUUCUAUGUCUCGUGGACCAGCAGACCCACGGAGGCUCAAAAUUGUGAGGUGAAUGGUGCCAUGUUGAGGAACGUCCUUCAAGCCCUAAUCCCAAAUGCUCCAAAUCUUUCCCAUGUGUCUCUUCAGACUGGUGCCAAGCACUAUGUAGGACCCUUCGAAAUCAUCGGUAAGAUCAAACCUCAUGAGUCCCCCUUCACAGAGGAUGUGCCACGCCUCGACACACCCAAUUUCUAUUACACAUUAGAGGAUAUCUUGUUCGAAGAGGUGGGUAAGAAAAAAGGAACGACAUGGUUCAUUAAUCGACCACAAGUUAUCUUUGGAUUUUCACCUUACAGCAUGAUGAACCUCAUUGGCACGCUUUGUGUUUACGCUGCAAUUUGCAAGCAUGAGGGUCUUCCAUUAAGGUUUCCUGGCUCAAAAGGUGCAUGGGAAUGUUAUUCAACAGCUUCAGAUGCUAAUUUAAUAUCCGAACAACAUAUUUGGGGUGCAGUGGAUCCUAAUGCAAAGAAUGAAGCAUUCAACUGCAGCAAUGGCGAUGUUUUCAGGUGGAAACAUUUGUGGAAGGUGUUAGCAGAACGGUUUGAGAUCGAUGAUUAUGGAUUUGAGGAGGGGUCGGAGUUGAGGUUAUCGGAUUUGAUGAAGGAUAAGGGUGGUGUGUGGGAAGAGAUUGUGAGGGAGAAUGAAUUGUUGUACACCAAGCUUGAAGAAGUUGGAGAUUGGUGGUUUGCAGAUUUUAUGUUUAGAGUGGAGGGUGUGUUGGAUAGUAUGAACAAGUCUAAGGAACAUGGAUUCUUAGGAUUUAGGAAUUCUAAGAAUUCGUUCAUUAGUUGGAUUGAUAAGACAAAAGCUUACAAGAUUGUGCCAUGAUAGUUUGGGUUUUGAAUUGUCAUAAGCUUUUUGUUGUGAUAAAUAAAGUGGGUAGGAAGAGUUAUAUUUUACUUUUCUAUGUUUAUGGUGUUUGCUUAUUUGUAAUAGUGUUGUGGCUUUUGUAUGAAA